AUGGCGGACGGUGGGGCUGACUCUCCAGCUCCACCUUCGGAAAACGGCGGAGAGUUUCUGUUGUCGCUUUUGCAUAGAAGACCGUACCAGCAGAACAACAGACCCGAGCAUCAGUCUCAGUCAUACGCUCUCGAUCCGGCCAUUGCAGCAGUUGGUCCCACCGUGAAUGACUUUCCUCCGUCGAAUUGGCCGUCCAACGGUCGUGAUCGACCGGGUACGCAUACUCCUCCUUGGCCCCUCGCCUUUUCACCUCCUAAUCUCUCACCCAAUCUGUUAGGGUUUUCUCAAUUCCCGCUUAACCCUUUCCUCACGAACCAAUUCGACGGUAAUCAAAGAGUGUCCGCGGAAGAUGCUUAUAGAUUAGGGCUUGCUGGAGCUGGAAACCACGCAAUUGGGCUUACUGGAACUGGAAAUCACGCAAUGCCGUCGAUGGUACAUCCGCAGCCUCCGCCGCCGCCGCAAUCAGAGAACCGGAAGCUUGUUUUUGGGUCUUUCUCCGGAGAUGCUGCUCAAAGCCUCAAUGGGUUACUUAAUGGGAACUUGAAGUAUGAUUCUAAUCUGAGCUCUGCCAAUAUGAGAAAUCCCCAAUCCGUUGUGCCGAAUUCGAUCACGGAUCCAAACUUGCCUCAUCUUCGGAACCACCAUGAACACAGAGGAGGUUUCGCCGGAAGAGGAAACUGGGGUCCCAUUGGGAAUAACGGCAGGGGUGUCAAGUCUAAUCCUACUCCUCCUCCUCCUGGAUUCUCGAGUAACCAACGGGGAUGGGAUAGGGAUUUGGGAAGUAAGGAUGGUGAUAGAGUGAUUGGUAAUUUUCAGAGAAGUGUUGAUUUAAGUGCUGAGGAUGAUAGAUUAAGGAGAUUAUCUAUCCAGAACGAGAGCAGGUUCAAUCUUGGUCAACAGAUUGAUCAUCCUGGACCACCUAUGAGUACAAAUCUACAUUCUGUUUCCGCAGCUGAUGCUGAGGAUUCGUUCUCGAUGUUGAACAAGGAAGCUCGUGGUGGAGGUCAAUAUAAAGAAGAAGCAGGGCAGUUGAGUAAGGGAAAGAAGGAAGGCAAUGGGGAGUUUGGCCCUGGUGAUGAUGAACUUGAGGACUUUGGAGAAGAUAUUGUUGAAUCUUUACUGCUUGAAGAUGAAACUGACGAUAAGAAUGCCAAAGAUGAGAAGAAGAAAUGUCGUGAAAAGGAAUCGAGAGUGGACAAUCGGGGUCAGUGGCUGCUUGGCCAAAGGUUAAGAAUGGUUAAAAGGAAUAUGGCAUGUAGAAAUGACAUCCGUAGGCAUGACGCUCCUUUCAUGGCAGUGUACAAGUCUUUGAUUCCUGCGGAAGAGGAGCUGGAGAAGCAGAAACAACUAAUGGCGCGGCUAGAGAAUCUAGUUGCCAAAGAAUGGCCUCAUGCAAAGCUGUAUCUUUACGGCUCAUGUGCUAACUCUUUUGGUUUCCCAAAGAGCGACAUUGAUGUCUGCCUUGCAAUCGAAGAUGAUGAUAUCAACAAAGCUGAUAUGCUAUUAAAGCUGGCGGAGAAUCUGGAAGCAGAUAAUUUCCAAAAUGUGCAGGCGCUGACACGAGCCAGGGUUCCAAUAGCAAAGCUGAUGGAUCCGGUUACUGGUAUAUCGUGUGAUAUCUGCAUCAACAAUGUAUUGGCUGUUGUGAACACAAAGCUCCUGCGAGAUUAUGCGCGGAUAGAUGUGCGUCUUAGGCAGUUGGCUUUCAUAGUGAAACAUUGGGCAAAGUCUAGAAGAGUUAAUGAAACUUAUCAAGGAACACUCUCCAGCUACGCGUACGUUCUGAUGUGCAUUCACUUCUUACAGAUGCGUAGGCCGCCAAUUCUUCCUUGCUUACAGGAAAUGGAACCAACGUACUCAGUGAGGGUUGAUAAUAUCCGGUGCUCGUACUUUGAUAGCGUUGAUAGACUCGUGAACUUCGGAUCUAGUAACAGGGAGACUAUAGCAGAGCUGGUUUGGGGAUUCUUCAAUUACUGGGCAUAUGGUCACGACUAUGCCAAUACUGUUGUAUCCGUCCGCACUGGUUCCAUACUAGGGAAGCGAGAGAAGGACUGGACGAGAAGAGUGGGGAACGAUAGGCACUUGAUAUGCAUAGAGGAUCCGUUUGAGACGAGCCAUGAUCUUGGCAGGGUCGUGGAUAAGUUUAGUAUCAGAGUGUUGAGGGAAGAGUUCGAACGAGCUGCAAAGAUUAUGCAUCAAGAUCCUAACCCGUGUGCCAAGCUUUUCGAACCAUAUCUCCCUGGAGAUAAUAAUAGCCAAGCCCACAAUUAA